AUGACAGUCUACCACAUCGUCCUCUUUCGCCUCAAGCAAGGCGUGACGUCCGCCCAACUCUCCGCCUGGAAGAACACCAGCCAGGGAAUGGUAGGCAAGAUCCCUGGCUUGAUCUCGUUACACGCGAACUCACCGUUGCCGAUUUCGGUCCCUCGGGCUAAGGGGUUUGAUUAUGGGCUUGUGGCGGUCUUGGAGUCGCCGGGGCAUGUGGAGGGGUACUCAAAGCACCCGGUGCAUUUGGAGAGCCAGAAGUUGAGGAUGGAGUUGUGUGAAGAUACAUUGGCAUACGAUUUGGAGUUUGAGCCUCCUACUAGAGAGAAGAAGGAUUGA